AUGGACGAGAACGAAGAACAACAGGGAUUCUUUUGUGUUAGCCCAAUAGCUUGUAAACACCUUACUGAUCAUACGUUGGUCAAGCAAUCACUGGAUAUCAAUAUCUUUGACAACGCCGAUCUCACCAAUCUUUCGUGCCAGUCUUGUGCUGAUCCAUCUGAGAAUUGGGUAUGCCUCAAGUGUAGAUAUAUUGGAUGCUCAAGACAUGUGAGUGGACAUGCUGCCGAGCACCACACAUCAACAGCUCAUCCAAUAGCUGCAUCAUUCUCAGACCAUAGUUUCUGGUGUUAUGAUUGUGAAUCAUACCUCGAGCAUCCUGUAUUGGGCGACUUCCUGGAUGUAUUGAACACACUUAAGUUCUUCAAGGAGAAGAGCGGAAAGCACAAUGACGACUCAUCUAGCCGUGUCAAGAACGAACUCACAACAGAGACAACAUCAAACUCAUCAACAUCCACAACAUCGACCACGACAACAACAACAACUGGAGUACAAGAUGAUGAGUCGAGCGAGGAGGAGGAUGAAGACUUGAGGACCAAGAAAGCUGGUCUGGUCGAGGCUAUGCUCAAGUUGAACGUGGAUAACAAUGAAGGAACAACUCCAAAACACAUAUUGGAUGAGAUGACAUUGAAGGGCAUCGCAUCAUACAUCAAAUCAGGCAAGGCCAAGAACAUCAUUGUACUCACUGGUGCCGGCAUCAGUGUGGCCUCUGGCAUACCCGACUUUAGAUCUCCCAAGACUGGACUCUAUCACAACCUGGCCAAGUACAACCUCUCACAUCCCACCGAUAUCUUUGACAUUGAGUUCUUUGAGGAGAACCCAAAGCCAUUCUUCACUCUUGCCAAGGAACUCUAUCCUGGUUCAUAUCAUCCAACACAUGUCCACUACUUUAUCAAAAUGAUGUUUGACAACAAUGUCUUGCUGAGAAACUACACUCAGAACAUUGAUACAUUGGAGAGAGUUGCCAACGUCCCAGGCGACGCACUAGUCGAGGCACAUGGAACAUUCGCAACUGCACAUUGUACAAAGUGCAAGAAGGAACACUCUUGUGAAUAUGUUAAAGAGCGUGUAUUCAAGGACGAGACACCAUUGUGCACAGAGUGUAGCGGUGUUGUCAAACCAGACAUUGUGUUCUUUGGAGAGUCACUUCCAGCAAGGUUUGGACAGAUGGUGAAGCAGGACUUCCCAUUGUGCGAUCUUCUCAUUGUCAUUGGAACAUCGCUGCAAGUACAGCCAUUCGCUUCAUUGGUAUCACUGGCACCCAAGGGCAUACCAAAGUGUCUGAUCAACAUGGAGGUGGUUGGUGCCGGACCCUACGGUGCCUUCAGAUUCGACGACGAGGACAACACCACCGACGUCAAAUGGAUUGGAGACUGUCAACAAGGUGUGAUUGAACUUGCCGAGCAUCUCGGCUGGAAGGACAAGUUGAAUGAGUUACACAGCAAACUCUAG